AUGGAGCGGCGGCGCGCUCCCGCCACACCCUCCCGGUACGGGCGGCGCCGGUUCUGGGACGCCCUGUACCGGCGGGAGGGCGCUGAGACCCGCGAGUGGUUGGGGGGACUCUCCCGGUUUCUCCCGCAGCUGGAGCCCGAGCUGCACCCCGGUGACCGCAUCCUCGUCCUCGGCUGUGGCAACAGUGCCCUGAGCCACGACCUGCACGAGCUGGGUUACACCGACGUCACCAGCAUCGACUUCUCCCCCGCCUGCAUCGCGGCCAUGCGCGCCCGCUACGCCCGCUGCCCUGGCCUGCACUGGGCUGUCAUGGACAUCCGCGCCCUCGCCUUCCCUGAUGCCUCCUUCGACGUGGUGCUGGAGAAAGGCACCCUUGAUGUGCUUAUGGUGGAGGAAACCGACCCCUGGCACGUCUCACCCCAGGCAACCGCUUCGAUGCACCGGGUGCUGGCAGAGGUGAGCCGGGUGCUGCGCCCAGGGGGCUGCUUCAUCUCCAUCACCUUUGCCCAGCCCCACUUCCGCAAGCCCCAUUAUGCCCAGGAGGCCUUCGGCUGGUCCCUGCGCCACGCUGCCUGUGGGGACGGGGACGCUGGUGCCUUCCACUACUUCCUCUAUGUCAUGCGCAAGGGGCAGCCCCUGGACCCCCGUGACGUGGCCUUGGGGCACCGGCUGCACCAGCCCCCCCCGCCCCCCACCCUGCCACCGCCCCCCGCUCCCCCGGACGACGACGAGGACUACCUCCUUGCCAUCCAGCUGUGA